UUUUGGUCUUAAUUUCCUAGGACGCACUGUGAAAGGAUAUCAUAUGUUUUAUUGAUAUCUGAAGGAAAGCGUAGGUUGAAAAUCAGUUUUGGAAUGAUUUUGUUAAGCGUUAGUUAACUCGUCACAAAUAGAGUCCGAUCAUUUUGUUUUUCUUCUCUUGAAACAAUUGAAUUGAGUCCGAAACAUUUUCAUGCGUUCUGAUGAACACUGUCACAAUUGUAUUUGUCAUCGAUAUUCAUAGCUUACUAUGAUUUCCUCUCAUUAAUUAUAAUUCUACAGUCAAUUUGUUAUAUAUCCCAAUCAUUAAGUUUUUUUUAUUGACCAAACGAAAUAUUUCGAAUUUCGACCCUUCUUGAACUACACAAAUAAAAGAUGUCUAUCUGGAAGUGUUUUUGCCUUCCACACAGAAAACCAAGAUUAAGGAACGAGAGGGGGCGGAAAUGGCAAAAUAUGACUAACCAACCUAUAUCAGCUAAAAGCAGCAGUAGAAGUAAGCUAUUACAGUACAAUGAUCGUGAAUAUUUGGACCACGAUGUCCUCACAAGUCGCGUAGAAGACGAUACAUGGACUCGACUUGAAAGUCAACCAGGUGUGAAAAAGCGCCGCGGUUUGGAUGAAAUAUUUGAACGACCUAAAUCGGAAAUGCUUAAAAGCUCUGCGGAUCCUUUAGACUUCAAAAACGUUGGUUACCCAACUAUGUUUUCCGGACAAUUAGAAAGUAUGUAUGGAUACACACCUAGAGCAGUACAAGACGUUUAUGCCUCUUCAGCCUUGGAAGGUGGAUCAAUCGAAGAUUAUUUUACAGACGCUCGUAAUGAAUCGGUUCUCAAAAAGUUUGCUUCUGCUGAAAGUUGCAAUGGCAUUGCAGAUCGUGAUAAUACCCAGGUACACUCGGUGCGCACACGAUCCGAUUCUAGACAUAAAUACAUGAUCAACAGCGACGGAGAUUAUUCUUCAGAUUCUGAUAUGGAUGAUUUAGAUUAUUGUGAUACAUUUCCAAACAUUGGGUUUGAAACUACAAAUGACAUUUUCCAUGUGCAGCCCUUCCCACCAACUACGAACACUGCAACACCAUAUUUGUGUCGAUCAGAAGAUCGUAAUUUUCAAAAUCAACAUUUCGAUGAGAUAUUUGGAAGUGAUGAAGUUUUAUAUUGAGACGAUUAGAUUGUGUUUUGGGAUGCGCAAGCGAUUAAAAGUCCUAAAUGGUAUUCUUUUCAAAUAAAAGCUCCAUCCGGUGAAACAUGUGGAUUGAUAAGAUAACAUAGAAAACAAUCCGUUAAAAUAGAAUCGAGCAAUCAAAAACUAUUCUGACGAAUAAUGUGAUCCAUUUUGGUCAAUACUAAAUGUAUUUAUAACAACCCAUGAACGUCAAAAUGUUAAAAUCAACGCGAGGCUUCGUGCAUUUAUAUAUCAUAAUGCAGAAAGAUCCUCAUUUCGCAUUAGACAUUAAUCAUAAAACGCUUGUGGUGUUUCGAAAUUACUAUGUCAGGUUAGCUAUAAAUGAUUAAUCUGCAUUCUUUACAUAAUUUCUUAACCUUGAUUUUUCGUUUUCGUUUCUCUCUGUUUAAGAAAAGGAAAUGCCAAAAUGUUUCUGCUUUGAUACAUAUAUAUAUAGCUGUACAGGUUGUCCAACUGAAUCGCAAAGUUCUUUAAAUUGAAUACUAUUUUGAAAUUAAUUCGUGCAUUUAGAGAAUUUUAUUGGUCUCUUUAAAUUGACACAAAAUAAAAGAAAAUGGAUAAAAUAUGUCAAAUUCGUUCAUUCUAACGAAAACAGUUUCGUUGAAUAUUUACGAAGCACCACAUUUGGUGUGAGAGUAUAACUUCGAUUAUGUAUUGCUUGUGAAUUAAGUCUUACGACUUGCUAAUCGGUAGCAAAAAUAAUUUCGUAGUUUUAUCUGUUAGAGGUUCGAAAAAAUAUGAAACAUGAAAGACUGGCCACAAUCAGUGGCAUUUGGUAAUAUCAUUUUUGUUUCCGAGCCUGUCUUCCCCUUUCUUUUUCAUUUAUUUUCGUACUUUUUCGUUUCUUUCGUUCUAUUUCUUAUGUUAACUUUAUGUAGAAAAUGAUUUUUUGUGGGGAAAUAAAAGAUCAAACAUAUU